AAAAAGUGGGAAGGGAAGAUCAGGAGGAGAAGCUGGCAAACAGGCACCUGAGCUCCCAGCCCAGCCACAGCUCUGCCGAGGCACAAGAGCAUUUCCACUCAUCUGUAUUUUCAGCCACACAAUUUAUGGUGUGUUUGUCCUUUGACUGAGCGCGUUUCUGUUGUCCAUGGCCUUUCCCCUGACUCACACUCCACCUUUGCAUAAAGUCUGCAUCUGCUGGGGCCUCUUCAGCUCACUCCUUCCCAUCAGCUUUUCCUUUCCCAUGGAUUUUUUUCCAGGCUCUGUGCAGACGAGGGAGGGGGGCAAAUAUUGACAACUCAAGGUGAGCCUGCUCUACAGAUGAGCAGGAUCCCACUCCCCACCUUCAGGGUAGUUUUGUGUCAGAUGGCGUAAGACAGCAUUUAGCUGAGGACUAAGCAGGCAGAGUCAGGCUUCUGCAACAUCAGAAUCAGACUUUUGCCAUUUCUCAGGGAGAAUCUCCAUCCUCUUCCUACGCAGAAGGAAAGGGACAGCAGACCAAAACAGGCAGCCUCACGCCGCGAUGCCAGUACUUGAUGUUUUCACCAACUUUGCUGGAGGGCUGAGACGCAGCUGCACAAAGCCAGUGGAUGUCUGGCUCCUGCUGGGGGAACUGCUCUGGGGGACCCACACCCCCUCCUUCCCCCCGUGCACAGGCUCUCGGGACAGAGGCAUCUCCCUGGGCCAGGAGAAGCCAAGGGCAAGCGAUUUGAGGGGGUCCGACUCGUAGGGACAGAGCAUCCCCAGCCCUGAUACGCUGCAGUAGAGGGGAUGCAGGGGACGGGAGUGGAAGCGCAGGAGGAUUCCCAGCCUCUGGCUCUUGCUCAGAAAUCGCGUUUGGCAAAAGCUGCUGGCAAAGCCCAGGGAUGGCAGCUCUGGGGGGGGGGGGGGGGGGGGUGGAACCGGCUCCCCCCAGCCCACUGCAGCGUCCAGCACGGCGCAGGGCCGGCGUGGCCAGGCCGGGGGCCGCCCCGGGUUGGGGGGGGAGCUGCCAGGCUAUAAAACCCAGACCGGGCAGACAGCACCCACACACGGCAACCGAGAGCCGCUGCUGGCAGAUGGCCACCCCGCUUCCCCCAGAGACACGGACACCUGGACACCGCUCACCUGGCUUUUUUUACGCUCGGAACAGCAAGGCUGAAGAGAUGCAGCCUCUGCAGCUUUUUCUGUUACUUUUACUGAACUGAAAAGCAGCAACAAAGAGGGCUCCCCUUUCCCCUUCAAUUCACCAGUGCAGGGCGCCAAGAGGAUGCAAAAGAUGAGCAGUCCAGGCAGAAAAGGGGAUUUGGGGAUGUUUAGUGCAGAUGAGAAAAAGAUCAAGGGCUGAGUCAGGAGCUCUUGCACCUCUUCACCUACUGGGAACAUCUGCACAGAGCAGCAGCCAGAGAGGGGAAUUGCAGCCGCACGGCACAGGGUCAGCGUGAUGUUGAGGAGCACAAGGUGGAGGAGGUGACAGCCGGCACCAGUGUUGGGGAGUGCUGGAGGAGGCGCAUCCAGCCCCCCAGGUUGGGGACAGAGGAGCUGGUGCAGCAGUGCUCAGGGGCAGCCCUGACCCCAACAGCUCAGCUCUGGGGAGGCAGGGAAGGGUUUAACAGGCCAUCAGCGACGAACAUUAGAGCUGCCUGUGCUCCUGCAGAGCUUCCCGAAGGGAUGGAGCCAAGCUGGGGCUGGAACAGCACGCAUCACAGCCGGCCUGGGCACAGCCAGGGGCUGCUGAGCCCCCAGACCCUGGCAGGGGACCCCAACCUGACCCUCUUGCACACCCGAGAUGAGGAGCUGGCCAAGGCAGAGAUCGGGGUGCUGGCCACCAUCCUGGCUGUAGCGACCCUAGGCAACAUGGGGGUGCUGCUGGCGAUGUACCGCCUGAGGAAGAAGAUGAGCCGGAUGCAUCUCUUCAUCUUGCACCUGGGGCUGACCGACCUGGGCGUUGCGCUCUUCCAGGUGCUGCCGCAGAUGAUCUGGGAGGUGACGUUCCGCUUCUUGGGGCCGGACCCGCUCUGCAGAGCAGUCAAGUACCUGCAGGUGCUGAGCAUGUUCGCCUCCACCUACAUGCUCAUCGUGAUGACGCUGGACCGCUACCUGGCCGUGUGCCACCCGCUGCACAGCCUGCAGCAGCCCAGCCGCCAGGCCUACGCGAUGAUCGGGGCUACGUGGCUGCUCAGCUGCCUGCUCAGCCUGCCCCAGAUCUUCAUCUUCUCCCUGCGGGAGGUGCGCCAGGGCUCGGGGGUGCUGGACUGCUGGGCAGACUUCAGGUACCCGUGGGGAGCCAGAGCCUACAUCACCUGGACCACACUGUGCAUCUUCAUCCUGCCCGUCAGCAUCCUCACUGUCUGCUACGGCCUCAUCUGCUACGAGAUCUGCAAGAACCUCAAAGGCAAGACACAGAGCAGUGCCCCCAGCACGGGGGGGCCCGCAGCAGCUGCCCCUCCCGCUCCUUACUCCUCCGAGAAGGGCGGGCAAUGCCCCAGCGGGCAGCCCUCGCGGGUGAGCAGCGUUCGCACCAUCUCCCGCGCCAAGAUCCGCACGGUGAAGAUGACCUUCGUCAUCGUGGUGGCCUAUGUCGCCUGCUGGGCACCGUUUUUCAGCGUGCAGAUGUGGUCGGUGUGGGACGAGGAUGCUCCUGAUGACGAGUCCACCAACGUGGCUUUCACCAUCACCAUGCUGCUGGCCAGCCUCAGCAGCUGCUGCAACCCCUGGAUUUACAUGUUCUUCAGCGGGCACUUGCUCCAGGACGCGGCACGCUGCCUGUCCUGCUGGGGCAGCCCCCGGCCCGGACUGCGGAGACAGGCCUCGACCGGGAGCCUCUGCAGCAGGAAAACCACCAUCCUGAGCCACAGCCACCACGCCAGCCCCACCGGCCUCCCCCUGCACAGGGGCAGCACCAAGGACUUCUGCCCACCCUGCGAGGAGGUGGUGACCGAGUCGGGCACGCUCUAGGCUGCAGCAGUGGCCCAUUCCUGGGCACGUCCCUCCACCGAGGACAGCUGAUGUGACACCACAAACAUUGUCACUGCAGAGCUGUCUCUCUCCCUGCCUGGUAACACCUCCUUUUGCAGAAAGCUGGGUGCUUAACCCAGAAGGCAUCACCGUCCAUCUUCUCCUUGUGCGCUUGCUAUUCUGCACACUGCUGGGAGCUUUGGGGGAGAAGCACGGAGCCCCGUGGGCUGCUGUCUGUCAGCAUCCACCUCUCUUGCACUUUAGGGACGCCCUCACUGCCUGCCUGCCCUCCUCCAAGAAUGCCUCACACCCCAGGUAUCUGCUGCGGGAUGCUGCGCCAGCGUGUCUUCCUGGAGGGAAGAGUUUUGGGUGUUUAACAGAUGCCAGCAAAGCAGGCUGAGCACAGCAGGACGCAGCAUGGCUACAUCUGCUUGAGAGCUCCCUGGAAGUUGCUCAUCUCCCACCCUCGGGGUUUUGCUGGCAGAGCAGACGCCGCUUUCCCACGCCUCGGGGCUCGGCACACUCUCCCCUCCGUGCCGCAUGGCAUUGCCCUCUGCUGACAGGCAGGUCUGGACCCGGACCCCCUGCCCACCUCCCCAGGGCCGAAGCAAAAGCCACAGGGCACGAAUGUCCUCUCCUGUUGCGCACGACUGUCCUGCUACCGCACAGCGGCAUCGCGCUGCAGCGAGCAUCCCAAAGGCAGCACCGGCACCACCGAAGAGCUGCUCGGAGCAGCCUUGGCCCAGCUCCAGCUCGCCCAGGCAGAUCCUGCCUCCCUCCGUGCCCCGACACUUUCCGACAGGUUUACUCACAGCCCCCAGCCGCUGCGCGGGGCUGCUCCGCGCUGUUCAGCAGCUGCUGCCUCCCAUUAAAUCCCUGCUCUCGAAUUGCUGCCGCUUUUGUCUUAUUUAGCGGAGAUCCGAGUGCCAAAACCACCCAGGGCUCAGAGAUGGCUUCAGGGCACUUGGGAGCACAAAGGAGGGGCGGCCAGGAACGAGCCAUGGGCUUGCAGUGCCGCCCGGCCCCUGCCCUUCUCCCUGCAUGUUGGGGGGCUCCCAGAAGCUGUUUUGUUUAAGAAGAAAGUGGGAGUGAAACAGGCAAGAGCAUCUAUUUGCUCUGGCAAUCGAGCUCAAAAGCUGCUGGUGGGGGUUUAGCAGUGCCCCAGCCAGCAA